AUGGCUGCUAUAAGUUUUCUAAUACUUGAUUUUUUUAGAAGCCAUAAAUCCAUGAUGGUUAUCAGGCACAACAAUGUUGUUGGUGGCAUAACAUAUCGUCCUUAUACCAGUCAGAGAUUUGGGGAGAUAGCUUUUUGUGCAAUUACUGCAGAUGAACAAGUCAAAGGCUAUGGCACAAGACUAAUGAAUCACUUUAAACAACAUGCUCGUGAUGUUGAUGGGUUCAUCCAUUUUCUGACUUAUGCUGACAAUAAUGCAGUGGGAUAUUUCAUAAAGCAGGGCUUUACGAAGGAGACUCACAUUGGGGAAAGAUUGAUGGCAAGGGCGAUUGAUGAGAAGAUUAGGGAACUUUCAAACUACCACUUUGUAUACUUAGGCAUCGACUUCCAAAAGGUUAUGCUUCUAAAUUAG